GACAAGGGAAAGUUUAGGGAGAAAAAAAAACUCUGCUGUUGUCUAUGUAUGGAUGAAUACUGAAAGCCUCUCAUACAGGAGCGAAAACUAGCGCAGAGGAGCCCGAAAUGGCAAAUGCGUGGCAUCCGCAAUGAAACAAACUGCAGACGCGUUUUAAAGCGUUCUGGGCAAACCGUUCCACUUUUGGUUUCUUGGAUUUUUAAAAAACUCUCAUCCUUUCGGACAGAGACCGCUAAGCAGAAACUAAGUUCACCGGCGAAAGUUUUCCAGAGGAAAGAAACUCAUGAAGGACAUUUACCACACGGAAGGAUUUUAAAACGCCGCUCGUAUCUGUGAAAGAACAAAACAGCGGAGAAGUAUUUUAAAACUCGCUUAAACACCCAGUCGAAACGAACAAUGGCAAAGAAGUACGACUUCCUCUUUAAAUUAUUGCUUAUCGGCGAUAGCGGUGUUGGCAAGACAUGUUUGAUCAUCCGUUUCGCAGAGGACAAUUUUAAUUCAACGUACAUCUCAACCAUCGGUAUUGACUUCAAAGUGAAGACUAUUGAGGUGGAAGGAAAGAAAGUGAAGCUGCAAGUCUGGGACACAGCAGGACAGGAGAGGUUUAAGACCAUCACCACUGCAUACUACAGAGGGGCCAUGGGCAUCAUUCUCGUGUAUGACAUAACUGAUGAAAAAUCCUAUGAGAAUAUUCAGAACUGGAUGAAGAGCAUCAAAGAAAAUGCAUCAGCGGGUGUAAGUCGAAUGUUACUGGGUAACAAGUGUGACAUUGAGGCCAAGAGGAAAGUCUCAAAAGAGACUGGUGAGAAGCUCGCAAAGGAACAUGGUAUUCGAUUCUUUGAGACUAGUGCCAAAUCGAGCAUCAACGUUGAGGAGUCUUUUACUUCUCUUGCUCGAGACAUUUUGCUGAAGUCAAAUAAGAAGCCGGGUCCAUCUGGACGAGAGGUCAAACUUACCAGCACAGAGAAAAAGUCCUCCUCCAAAUGUCUUCUUCUUUAGGCGAACCAUUUUCCAGAGGACAGGCUUCAUUGCACACACUUUCAGUACAUACAGGAGCACUGCAGUGUUAAUGCCAGAUGGUCAUUUACUAAGUGAACAUGAGAGGUUAUUAGAAAGUGGUUUUAUAAGGAAUGAUGGCACGAGUAAGAUAUGAAAAAUCAAUCAGGGUACAGCUUUCAUGUAGUUGGAGGAAAAUCAAUUUUUCUUAAUGUCUAUAUUUUUGCACUACACAACAAAAACAGUGACUAGGCUACAGUGUUGGUUUUGCUUGCACAAGAUGUUUUCAGCAUUUAGCAUUAUUUCAGAUGAUGAUGUCAACAGAAAAAAAAAAAACUUUCAAAUUGGUUAAACAAAUCUGAAAGGCAACUUUAGGUAAAAAUGAACAAAAAUACAUUCCAGUAUGUCAGCCAAUCAGCACUUUGUGAUAAAUGAUUUGUAUGUUCGCUGCUAUUAAAGGUGACUAGCUUCAAAAAUGAGGAUGGAUGCAAGAGUUAAGGAGGUCAGAUGAGUGGUGUGAGAAAGUAAUUGGUGGAUUAUUAAUGAGGAAAUUAUAAUGUUCUACUGAAAGUUCACAGUGUUUCUGGAUUUUUGCAACAACUUUCUGUAUAUCUACUUGUUUCACUUUUCUAUAAUCUUUUUCACAUCAUAAUUUUCCAGAAUUUGUACAACAAACUGCUUUGAAUAAAUUAGAAAAUGUUAAA